AUGACUCGCCGACACGCUUACGGCCUUGACGGGUCCUGGACCUCCCAGAUGUCCGCCCAGCUUCCCGAAUCCUCCUACGGCCGCCCUGCACCUGCACCUGUGCCAGCUCCCCGAGCUCCGGCACGAGCCCCUGCCAUGGAGCCCGAGCCCCUUCGGCCCGAGGCCUACACGAAGCCCUACUGCGAGUUUAUGACCGAGAAUCCAACAAUCUUUCACGCUGUCAAGGGUUUCGCCGCAGAACUUGAGGAGCAUGGCUACAAGCAGCUCUCCGAACGUGCGGUGUGGACGCCUGAGCUGAAGCGGGGCGGCAAGUUUUAUGUCACCCGCAAUGGCAGCUCACUGAUUGCGUUCAACAUUGGCUCGGAGUACAAGAGUGGAAAUGGAAUGGCUAUCGUGGCGGGGCACGUCGAUGCCCUCACUGCCAAAUUGAAGCCCGUGUCUAAGCUCCCCAACAAGGCUGGCUUCCAGCAGCUUGCCGUCGCUCCGUAUGCUGGCGCGCUGGGUAAGACCUGGUGGGAUCGUGAUCUUGGCAUUGGUGGCCGUGUUCUCAUCCGCGACUCCAAGACCGGAAAGGUUGAGAACAAGCUGGUCAAGCUGGACUGGCCCAUUGCGCGCAUUCCUACUCUCGCCGAGCACUUCGGUACACCUGCUCAGGGACCGUUCAACAAGGAGACUCAAAUGGUGCCGAUUAUUGGAAUCGAUAAUUCAGAUCUGUUUGAGCAGCCUGAGAAGAGCGAGACUAGCGAUAUCAAGGCCGGAACCUUUGCUUCCACUCAACCUGAGAAGCUUGUGAAGGUCAUUUCCAGUGAGCUUGGUGUGACGGAUUAUAGCUCUAUCCUCGAGUGGGAGCUUGAACUUUUCGAUACUCAGCCUGCUCGGAUUGGUGGUCUAGAGAAGGACAUGAUCUUUGCUGGUCGUAUUGAUGACAAGCUUUGCUGCUACGCUGCCCACCAGGCCCUUCUGGCUUCGGAUGAUAGCACAUCAACCGGCACAGUGAAGAUGGUCGGCAUGUUUGACGACGAGGAGAUUGGUAGUUUGCUUCGUCAGGGAGCCAACUCCAACUUCAUGAGUAGUAUCAUGGAAAGAAUCACUGAAGCCUUCGCAACCGAUAAAUACGGCCCCAACCUUCUCUCUCAGACUGUUGCUAACAGCUUCCUGGUCUCAUCGGAUGUCAUUCACGCCGUCAAUCCCAACUUCCUUGAUGUAUAUCUCGAGAACCACGCACCCCGCCUCAACGUCGGCGUAACAGUCUCCACCGACUCGAACGGCCACAUGACCACCGACAGCGUCAGCCACGCUUUGAUAAAGCGCGUCGCCGCCCGCUGUGGUUCCACCCUCCAAGUCUUCCAGAUUCGAAACGACUCUCGCAGCGGUGGUACCAUCGGUCCUAUGACCAGCGCGCGCAUUGGAAUGCGCGCGAUUGAUUGCGGCAUCCCGCAACUGAGCAUGCACAGCAUCCGCGCUACCACCGGAGCUCUGGAUCCUGGUCUGGGCGUGAAGUUGUUCAAGGGCUUCUUCGACUACUAUGAGGAGAUUGAUGCGGAGUUUGCGGACUUUUAA